AUGAUCACCGUCAACAAUACAGUUUCGCAACCAAGGGGAGCAACGAGGUCUUCUCUUGCCUGUCUACCCUGUCGAUCGCGGCAUCUAAAAUGUGACGGAAAGCAACCUCAAUGCAGCCGUUGUGUCGAGUUCGAGAAACCAUGUCACUACGCCCCAUCACGACGAGGGGGUCUGGAUCGUGCGGCUCUGGCGGAGCGGCGGAAGCGGCUUGCAGCAACCGAAGAUGAUGUUAGGUCAAGAAAUUCUUUGGAAUCUUCGGAAUUUCUUGUUUCGGAGCAGGAGAGCCAAGGACCCUCUUUAUCCAACAACUAUGACCUACCUGAAGGAAUUAUCUUUGGCAAUGGAACCCCUGGUUUUGGAUCGGCUGCAGUGCCUGACAUGGGCAUGAUCGACAUUACAACCGACAACUUGGUUGAUUCGUAUUACAAGAAUUUCCACAGUUUUCAUCCUUUUCCGCUGCCGAGAAAGCAGAUGCUACGGAUCUGCCAGGACCCUGAAAGACGGCUCAGUUUUGAACCACUAAUCUCUGCAAUGCGCCUGAUUGGCCAUAUUUACGCACAUCACAAAUGGUCUGAGUUCCUCAAAGAACAGCUGGAGGUCUGCAUUGCGCGAACACCCGCGCUGAAUCCAGUUCUGGUUCAGUGCCGCCUUUUGUAUUCCAUCGCUCUGUUUUGGUCUAGUUACAAAGAAGAGGCAAAAGUUCAAAUGGACGCUGCAGCAAAACUUGCUAUGGAGCUCCAAAUGCAUCGGAAAGAAUUUUCAAUGAAUCAUGGAAUGAACGACUCAGUGGUAGCGGAGUCUUGGCGAAGAACGUGGUGGAUGUUGUACAUUGUGGAUGCAUACUACGCCGGAACCUUGGGAACCAUGAACUUCACAGUUGUGGAUGUUGAGUCGACGGUGGAGCUUCCCUGUGAAGAAGCUGAAUACGAUUCAGGCGUGAGCAUUUGCAACAAUUCUAGAGUUUGCGUCAAGACCGCUUACCUUUUGUAG